GCGUGCGACGACCUGGCCAAGCGCGCCCACGAGGACGAAGCCGUCUUCGCGCGCCGCAGUUGCGACGACGUCUACAUCCACAGCCUGAGCUUCAUGACGAUCACCGACGUCGUCGCGAGCAUGAGCGACGAAGUAUGCAAGAAGGAUUUCAUCGAGGGGAAGAUGCAGAGAAAGAAGCAGGGUAAGAGGCCGUUCUUCCCCGAGGAGGUGGGCAAGCGCGAGGUCUUCUCCAUGAAAGUGAAGCGGAAGGCCCUCAUCAUGUCGAGGUCAGAGCUGAACAAAUAUUGCGGCUUCAAGCCCACCAAGAAGAACGCGAAAUCGAUCCCCUCGAUGAUGUUGCACUCGGAGGACAGCCUAGACGUCGAGGAGGCAUGGCUCUUCAUGCGGACGAUCGAGUGGUCCUUCCUGCGAACGCUGAGCAUCAGCAUGGGCGUCGUUAGCGAGAAGAGCUGUGUGCACAUGAAGCAGGAGAACCACAUCUUCGCCUUCCAGGGCACGCGGACGUUCGAAUGGAGCAUGGGCGAGCAGACUCACUCGAGUGGCCCGUUAACCUUGCUCGCGAACCUCAAGACCCACGAGGGCGCCGGCCUGGCCCUCACGGAGGAGAUGGCCAACUCGAUGGGGAUGCGGCGUCUCCGCGGCGGGGGGUUGCCGUCAGGCGUGGUGCCCUCCAUGUCGCCGCCGAUGACCAUGUCAGGAGCGUGCUCGGUCCUCUCUGGCGGCGUCGAGCCCACGCCAACGGGGGGGGCGGGAGAUGGCGAGACUGACUCUCCGCACACGCCCAUGCUCUACAGCAAGGGCACCUUGUCGGCGACGACGAUCAACAUCAUGGCGGAGCGACGUGCUGCGAGGAGCGCUGUGAGCGGGGUUCCAUCCGCCCUGUCGGCCACCGGCCGACUCCAGGCAGCGGCGGUGAACACCUGCAGCAUCGAUGCUGACGAUUCGGCGAGCCAGGCCCCCAAUGCAGGGGGCCCCGCUGUGGGCAAGGGGGACCAGUGGAUUGCGAAGCUCCCGUUGUCGAAGGUGCUCACUGCUGGGAAGUUGGGCGCCCAAGCGCACCACGCCGCUGGAGAGUUGAAAAGGCUGAAGGACACGGAUAAGGACCAGUGGAACAGACCCACCCUGCACAUGACGAAGAACGAUCUCGCGAACAAGCUUCACGAGACCAACAUCUUCAGCGCCUCGGCUGGCGAUGUCAAGGACGCCUUCGAGCGCCUGCGCCAGUCCAUCGAUAUCCCGCCAGUCGUCCAGAAGAACAUGUGCAAGAAGAUGCCCCAGGAACGCAUGACAGUCGAGCUCCAGUCCAUGACCGACGUCACCUUCUUCUUUGAGAUGGUGUGGCCAUGGCCCACAUCCCCUCAGGAAGCGGGCCUCACCUUCACUGCGGAUUCGCCGAAGCUCCACUUCAUUGACCUCGAGAUGGCCGAGAAGAUCCGCAUGUUCAACCAGAGUUUCAUCAGCGGCGUGCACACUGCACUGGUCGAGGGAGGCCACAAGAAGAAGGAUAUGCUCGUGGCGAUUUCUUAUUGGAUGGCUUCGCUGAUGGACGAUCUGCUGGCCGACGCAGAGGAGUUCUGCGAGGACGCGUCGCACUUCUUGGGCGCGCUGGGCUCCAUGGUGGGCGGCGUCGCCAAGAUCUGCGACCCGACCAGCCCGUGGAAGGCGGACGACAUCGAUGCCUUCUACAGCGACAUCCUCUCCCUCGACCCCAACCGCGGGGACAUCUUCAGCGGGCUGGAGGGGGUGGUGAUCGCCAUCGGCGCGUGCGCCGAGUACAACAAGACGUGGACGACCCUGAUGAAGAACAAAGUCAUGGUCAUGGAGCUCGCCCCCCAGGUUUCAGCAUCCAUGUCCGCCCUCUUGUCGGACUUCAACGGGGCGGUUGCUGCGACCACCGCGGCGUUGAGCACCAUCCCGAAAGUCGCGUGCUCCCUGGACGACGAGCUCGCGACCCCCGUCGUCAAGGAGGUGAAGGCCGCGCUGAAAGAUUUGUCGACCAGCGUCGCCUCAGCCACGUCGACGGGGUCAUUGGCGCAGACGCAGCAGAGCACAUUCAUCCAGCUGUUGGGCAAGGCGGUCGACGCCAUGCCGUCGGACGUCGAGCUUCUGAAGAUGAAGCCGGAGAUGGACGAAGCCGACGCCUGCAUGGCCCGCGAUGCCAUCAAGCCCCGUUGA